AUGAAACGCCUUCGGUGCGAGGGCUUUGCAGCGCGCGUUGAAGCCGAGUCGGACUCGGAUUGCUCCGACGUCGACAGCGAGCAAGACCAGCAGCACGAUGAUGACAUCCGAGAGCCUACGUCCUGGACGGGGAUAUCUUACCAAGGAUAUGACAGUGAGAAGUAUUUGCUGGGAUCGGACCUGAUGUCAGAGGACCUUAGCAGCGCUUCUGACCAGAUCGCUGUCCGCAUGGGCUUCGUCAGCAAGCCUUUGUUCCGCGCGUUCUUCUACUUCUACUGCCUCCUAGUUGUGGUCCAGCCGGACGUGCUGGUUCCACGGGCAAUCCGGGAGCGCGUGGAGUCGGGUUCGAGCGCGCUCCGCUGCUGCAUCGACCUAUCGUGUCUGACGCACCUUUGUUGGGCAAGCAGCCUCGCCUUGACGCGUCGCUCAGGUCUCGUCGUGUUUGCGGUCCGCGUCUAUCGACGUAUCUUCCGCUCGGCGCCUACCACUGAUGCUCGCUUGGCUGUGUGGCUGGUGUGUGAUUGCGUGCUUCGAUGCACAGGGGCUCCCAAGUUCAUCGACGACACGGCGCUGCGGGAUCCCGGCGCUGCACGUCGGCAUUUGUGCGACGGUGUCACGCUGGAGACGAGCGAAGCGGUUCCUCAGUUUCUCCGCGCUUCUGUCCUCAGCAAACUGCAUUUGAUGUCGUCGGUCACCGGGUGGUUCGACGGGCGCGACGGCCGGCGGCGCACACGCCCGCGCAGCGUCGGGGUGCCGAUUGUGUGCGACUUCCGCAUCCUCGACCACCUGCUGCAUGCUCUGCCGCGAUGGAUAUCUUCCUGCUUGGUGAUGGCGGGCCGGCUGAGCAGUUUAAUCAGAGUUCUGAGGCAGGCUCGGGCGGGGGAGGGCGACCCUGGCCUAGUGAAACAGGCCUUCGCCGUGACCGAAGCGCUCAUGCUGAGCCUGCUGACGCUGGACCUUCUUGGACGUCCUACCGUCUCACCGGCGAUACCGUUGCGGUAA